AACCACACUCGCGUUUGUCUCACUCUGCUAUGUAAUGUCUGAGUGGUAGACUACUCAUAACAGUGUAUGGCUCAUCUAUUACAUGAGGAGUGAAAUAAAUCGCGAGCUCCGUCAAGUCACGAAUUGCGUAUUUUGUCUCGCCAAUCGAGUUAGCUUCAGUUUCCCAUGCCAUACGCACCGCCAGAGCGCAGGCAAGGUAGAUCAUCGCGCCGUACUAAACUGACCUGGUGAAGCGGGCCAGGGACGAACGCGAUCGCCUGCCAGCAACGCACAUCUCAUUCCUCACUCAAAAUUGAAUUAAAUUAAAUUUUGGAGGGUAUGGGUUGAUAAACCGUGCGUAGAUGGUUGUUGACAGUGUAGCAAUAUACCAUGUAGGCGGAAAUGAUGGUAAAGCUAUGUGAGGAAAGCUUAUGAUGGAUAUACACGCAUUCCUGAUGAAAAGACGAGAUAAUCACUACUACUAUGAGUCCUGAACUGACCAAGGAAGGCGGAAAUCAUUCCUGCACCUAGACACUACAUAGAACAACGCUUCCAGAGACCGUUCAAGAUGUCACGACUGGUUCUAGCGUGGCUGGUAGUGGCAAGUAGCUGUACCUCUCUUUUCUUCAUCGUGGCAGCCGACGCUUCUGUGGAUGAUUCUAAUCUCGUUGUAGAGACAACCUCUGGAAGAGUUCGGGGUGCUAGAAAGACAAUUCUUGGGAAAGAAGUGAAUAAAUAUCUUGGUAUACCUUAUGGCGAACCUCCAACAGGCAGUCGGCGUUUUAAGAAGUCUGUCAACAAGACUCGCUGGGAUGGCAUCUUUGACGCGUCCAACUAUGGUUAUGCUUGCUAUCAAGUCGUGGACACAACAUACCCUGGAUUUCCGGGGGCAGAAAUGUGGAAUCCGAACGUGAAUAUGAGCGAGGACUGUCUUAAUCUGAACAUCUGGGUACCGACAGACAGUCGGAAUGAGUCCUUAGCUGUCAUGGUGUGGAUAUUCGGCGGAGGUUUCUUCGCGGGUUCUGCUUCGCUUGGUGUGUACAACGGAGAGGUUCUAAGCACGACUGAAAAUGUAAUUGUAGUGACGAUAAAUUAUCGAGUUACGAACCUGGGUUUCUUGGCUAUAGGUGGCUCUGACAAUAUUCCAGGAAACGCUGGGCUGUUCGAUCAGGCUCUGGCCCUCUCUUGGAUUCAAGACAACAUUGUGCAUUUCGGAGGUGAUCCUUCACAAGUGACAUUGUUUGGUGAAAGUGCAGGAGCUGUUAGCACCAACUUGCACAUGUUCUCUCCCAUGACCAAAGACAUGUUCGCACGUAUCAUUCUGCAGAGUGGCUCUUCGUUCGCUCCUUGGUGUGUCAUCACAGCAGAAGAGGCAUUACGCAGAGGACUGCUUCUUGCGGAAGGUACCGGAUGCUACACACCGCUUGGAUAUCAACCUGACGCUGAAGAGAUCAAUGACAUAACUCUCUGCCUCCAGAGAGUUCCUCCAGAACUCCUCAUCGCUAACGAGUUCGUGGUGUCAGGGACGUACAUUUUCCCAUUCGUGCCGGUGGUCGACGGUGAGUUCCUGACGGAGACACCGACUUCAGCUAGGAUGAGAGGAUCUUUCAAGGAAGCCGAUGUCCUCUUGGGGACCAACAGCAAUGAAGGAUCAUUCUUCAUGGUCUAUGACCUUCCGGAAUAUUACGACAAGGACACAGAGAGCCUGAUCAACAGGACUCAAUUCUUUGAGCUGAUUCCUCAUCUUUUACCUGAAAUGAACGAAUUUGGACGAGAUGCUAUCGCGUUCCAGUACACCGAUUGGCUUGAGCCAGACAAUCCUGUCUUGUUGAGGGAUGCCACAGAGCAUUAUGUUGGCGACUACAAUAUUAUCUGUCCUGUUCAUGAUUUCGGAAGAUAUCAUGCAAGUUCAGGUAACAAGGUCUACGCAUAUCAUUUCGACCAGCGUGCAGCAAACAACAUGUGGGGCGAAUGGAUGGGUGUAAUGCAUGGGGACGAGAUAACCUUCGCCUUCGGUCAGCCGCUUCGACCCGAACUCGGCUUUUCCGACGGCGACCGAAGAUUGAGUCAGAGGAUGAUGACACUAUGGGCGAACUUCGCCAAGACAGGUGAUCCGAAUGGAGCGGAGGAGAGUGACGACAUCCCCGCUGAUGAUGACUGGUUAUUGUUCGAUCAGGAUAAUCAAAAUGUGUAUUUAUUGAAGGAUACGACAGUGGACAACGCCGAAACGUAUAUAUGGAACCGAGCAAACUACUGCGCGUUCUGGUCGGAGUAUGUUCCAUUCCUCAACACACAAACAGCAAACAUUGACGAAUCAGAGCGCCAAUGGAAGGAGGAUUUCUACCAGUGGAGCACGAAGUAUAUGGUCGAUUGGAAGGCCGAAUUCAAUCAUUAUCUUUACAACAAGGAGUCUGGAUGCCCCAACGAGGCUUACACAGCUAACGAAACACCAUAAUAAAGGUAUAACCCCAUCCCCCGGGGCCCGGGGUAUUCACUCUAUCACUGGCUGGUCCGGGAUCCCAAUAUGACCUCUUGAUUCACCGGUAAACGAGUACGUUUUGUAAAAGAUAAAAUCCCCUCUCGUUUUUUGAAUAUGCAAACUUCCCCGAGGAAAAUGUGAAUAAAAAAAACAUCCCUAUUUAUACAUUAUGGGGAGGCUCCUUGAUAAAACUCAGAAACUUGCAAGGAGGAUGUUUGGACGAACAUGAACAAAUAUAAUAUAUUCAUCUUUAUUACGGAUGUUUUUAGCCCAAAGAAUCUUUUUACUAUUACUGUCAGUAGACAUAUAAUAAGUAAAAUUCAACAACAACAACAAACGAACACAAAAACGCACAAAAAAAAGAAGAAAACCUAAACUUCUUGAAAAUUGGAACAGUCUCAGAUAAUACAUUUUCUUAAGGAGUGAAGGGCCUAUGAAGAGAGCAUUGUUUAUAGACUGCCGUCUACUAGAAACGUUGUCAUCGUACCUUGUGGUAUAGAAUCUCAGAGUAUCAGCUUCUUUUGUAUGUUUUCAAUUUUAUAUAUCUCCUAUUCCUCUUAUUAUUAUGUUUGUUUUUCACAUUUUCUAUUUUCGGAAUUAGUAGUGAAUAGUAAAGUGUAAUUUGAAAUUAUAUGACCAAUUUCAAGCAGCUAUUAAGCGGAAGGGGGGGGGGGGGGGUGGCAGGGAUACUUAACAUGGAAUAUAUUGUUGAAAAGGUAUAGGGAAAAGUGGAUCAGAUUCGAUAUCAACUUGAUCCAUUCGAAAAUAUAUCAGAAAAAAAGAAUGUAUCAGAAUAACCAAAUUGCCGCUAUUAUUUUGCUAUUUUGCAAUACGCUAAUUUUGGUCACAGUUCUGGAAAUGAUGAAAGAAGUCGAUCUUUUCUUUUGCUACGAGUAAACAGUGUUUAUUUAACAUAAAGACAGUUAUUUGAAGGGUUGAAGAAAUAUUCAAAGUUUACAACCAAUAAAAUAUCCCUGUAUUAUGAUUUGUUUGCCGUCGGCUUUUCUUUAGUUUUAAGGUUUGACGUAAUAUGCAUAACAUAUUGUUAUUAAUGUUGCGAAUUUGGACCACACAGCUGAAAUGUAGGUUUCCUAAAAGAGCUACAAGUUGAUUCCUCAGGCCGCCAUCUGAAAAUCUUAUUGAAUUUCAUAACAUGAUUUGCACAUGGUCAUGAUGGUAAGCCAUAUAUCUUUCUGUUUAACAGUUUUGUUUUUAUUGAAUAAAUAAUGAAUAAGAAUUAUAACAGGAAACCGAUUUUUUUUUCUCUCCAAAUUUCGACAUAUAUUCAUCUAUUUUAGAAUUACUUUUACUUUUCUUUUCUUCAUAUUCAGUAAUCAAAACAAUGUUAAAUUACACGGAUUAGAAACACAGUGUGAAAUAACCCGUUGCAUUCAAUUCAGAUUCUCGAUAUGAUUAUCAUUAUUUCUGACAAAAUGGCAGACGUUUUAAAGACGCUGAGUGUGAUGUAUUUAUAUAUUCAUAUGAUAUUGUGAAACUAUAAAGUUAAUCUGAUUAACAUUCGUGUAUAUUACUCCCUCCAGGUUAUCAUAAUUUGUAAAGCAUUGUGAAAAAAUGAAUGUACUUAUUGACUUAACAUUAUGUUUAUUGAUUUUCGAAUUGUUCAGUAUUUUGAAUUACAUGUAGUUUAUAUUGAUUGAGUUCGCAAUUUUAGUUGUUGGUGUUCGUCACGCCAUGAUAUAAUUAUGAUGUGUGCAUAAUGUAUGUGUUUCCGUUAUUUGACUUAAAAAUAUGAAUAUUUAUAUUUAUACUUAUACAUGUAUUGCAACAAUUCAUCGACUUUCAUAGCGCCAUUAGAUUUUCUUUGACUUUUCUUGAGCCGUUUAAUCAAUAUGCAAGUGAAUUAACCUUUGUUUAUUUGAGAUGUAUGCAAAUACAAUAAUAGUUCAGUCGUCUAAUCUAUGUACUCCUAUAAUGCCGUCCCUUUGUCAGAAUAUUCUUAGUACUUGUACUAGUAAUAAUUUUGAGUUUUGUAUUUUGAUUAUGAAAUAUUUAUCCUUCUGCAACUGAGAAUAUUAUAUCAAGAGUUGUGUUUUGUUUAUUGUAUAGCCCUGCCGGAAAGAACAUAGUGUAACAUAGUGUGGAAACAGACAGUGGUUUUGGUGUGGUCAACACGAUCUGAAGAGCUUGCUGUGUUCGUUUUAAAUGAAUAUCAACUGUGAUUCUAGCUGGUUAUACAUGCGGAGUUCGUGGUUAAUUUAUUCACAUUAUUUUUACAAUUGCACACCAUAACACACUCACUGUGAGCACUUCAUGUUCACAUCGUUUCCACAGUAGUGUGGACACUCAGUGAGCACACCGUGUUCACACAUAAUUAUUCUUACCGUUAGACACAAAGUGGCAUUCCACCACCAGAUUAACAAUCACAUCGUGUUUGCAUCAGGGUUUAAACCACAGUGAGGAUUUGGACUGCAAAUUUCAGCAGUUCAAGGUGCAGACGGUAUCAGAAUAAUAUGUUCACAUUAUUUACACACUGUGCAAACUGUGGCUUAUGAUAGAAUCACAAUGUGGACUGAUCACAGUUUGAUCAAAGUGUGGAAUUGGAACACUGUCAUAGACAUUCAGACUGCAGACUUGCCGUGUCCACAGUUCCUAUACCAUGAUACUUUUGCCUCUGAGAAUCACAGUGUUACCACAGUGUGUCCAUUUUUUUUAAACACUAUAACUUUGUUCCAAAUCCAUUCUGAUAAUUUGGAGACACUUUCAGAGGGCUUACAAUAUCAAACUGUGUCCAUACUAUAAACACCAAAUGUGACUUACUGUGGCUGCAUCGAGAAUCACAGUUUUCAUACGUCACAGUGUGACCACACACUGGAUUCGGACCCC